CAUCCAAUCUAAAGCGCCACGACAGUGCAGACGGCAACCCAGGACCAACCAGCACAGCGCCGAAGGCAUAAAGGGCAUCACGGAAAGGCCGGCCGGGCGCGAACAUGCCACCCCGAUGGCCAAUGGCACGUGAUGGGGGCAGGAGCAGAGCUGUACCACUAUAAAUGUAGCGAAAGGAAGGAACCAUCGGAAGCCAAGCCCAGGAAGAAGAGGAAAAGAAGAGAGACGCUGAGAGGCAGUUCGGGAGUGGCAAGUUUGGGAGGAGACGAAAGGCGUCGGCGACCGCAACCGAUCCGUCCAAUCCAACCAAAUUCCCCGAUCGAUCCCAUCCCGCAACAAACGCAGCGGAUACGGCGAGGGAGGGAUCACAAGUUCCGCAACCGCGGGAGGCCGGGAGAGAGAAACGAGAUCACAAGUUUGUUGCGUUUCAAGACCAGGCCGAAUCAGAGUCCCGAACCAGAAAGCCAAGGAAGGCAAGCAACGCGGCUGCCCAAGAGUCCAAGGUAAGGCGAGGCAAGGAGGGGUCUUUGGUUUCUUGCUGCGUCUCUGCAUCUGCGUUUGUGUCGGUAAGUGGAUGGCAGCGGCGAUGACCGCGGCGGUGGAUGGGAAUGCAGGAGUAGGGGCAUUGCCCGGCGGCGGCGGCGGCGGAGCGUCGGCGUCGUCGGCGUGGUGCUGCCGGCUGAGGAGGACGGCGGCUGCGGGGGCCAUGGGCGGCUACGAGCUCGUCAAGAGCGACGACGCGGCGGGCGCCGAUCUCGAGUCCGGCGCCGCCAAGGCCGCGCCCUCGCUGGCGCCGUCGCCGUCGCCCGCCGCGCGGCAGCGGCUGGUCUCCCUCGACGUGUUCCGCGGGAUCACCGUACUGCUUAUGAUCAUUGUUGACGACGCUGGAGCCUUCCUCCCGGCACUGAAUCACUCUCCUUGGGAUGGCCUAACCAUAGCUGAUUUCGUCAUGCCGUUCUUCCUUUUCAUAGUUGGAGUCUCACUAACACUAUCGUACAAGAGGGUGCCUGACAAAUUGAAGGCGACUAAGAAGGCUGUACUUCGCGCCCUCAAGCUAUUCUUCCUCGGUCUUGUUCUCCAAGGUGGAUUUUUUCAUGGUGUUCACAGUCUCACUUUUGGUGUUGAUAUUACCAAAAUACGGUUGAUGGGUAUACUUCAGAGGAUUGCGGUAGCUUAUCUUCUGGCUGCAAUAUGUGAAAUUUGGCUCAAGGGAGAUGAUGGCGUAGAUUUUGGAGUUGAUUUGCUUAGAAGAUACCGCUACCAAUUGUUUGUAGGAUUGCUCCUCUCAAUCAUGUACACUGUUCUUUUAUACGGCAUCUACGUCCCAGACUGGGAUUACCAGAUAUCAGGUCCUGAUUCUACAGAGAAGUCAUUCUCUGUGAAAUGCGGAGUUAGAGGAGACACUGGACCAGCUUGCAAUGCAGUUGGGAUGGUUGACCGUACAAUCUUAGGGAUCCAUCAUCUCUAUAGACGACCGGUUUAUGCGCGAACAAAGGAAUGCAGCAUAAAUUAUCCAGAAAAUGGACCCCUUCCACCUGAUGCUCCAUCUUGGUGUCAGGCUCCAUAUGAUCCUGAAGGCCUCCUCAGCUCUGUUAUGGCGAUUGUCACUUGCUUGAUUGGGCUUCAAUUUGGACAUAUCAUUAUACAUUUUGAGAAACACAGGGGAAGAAUCAUCAAUUGGCUAAUCCCUUCCUUGGGCAUGUUAGCACUAGCCUUCCCAAUGGACUUCAUUGGAAUACGCAUGAAUAAGCCACUAUACACUAUAAGUUACACUCUGGCCACUGCUGGUACUGCCGGGCUACUUUUCGCUGGAAUUUAUGCUCUGGUGGAUGUGUAUGGGUUCAGAAGACCUACCAUCCCCAUGGAGUGGAUGGGGAAGCACGCGCUGAUGAUAUACGUGCUGGUUGCGUGCAACAUCCUGCCCAUGUUCAUCCGUGGCUUCUAUUGGAGAGACCCCAAGAACAACCUUUUGAAAUUCAUCGGCGUUGGGGUGUGAAGUUAUGAUCUUCCAUACAGCGGAAAAGCUAUUAGGGCCACAUAUGUUGGUGUAUAGAACCUAAAUUUGGAUAGUCAGAGAUUGGAGAAGUAGGCAAUCAAGACGAAUUUUGUGGUACGGUGAGAAUAUGAUGGUGCUCAGCUCAUCAGUCGUGAGCUGCAUAUUCUAUCAGCGCUGCUGAACAAUGGUUGUUGCCACUUGUAAAGUCCAUUAUCCCUGAACUCUUCGUAUAUGGAGUUGCUCAUGUAUAUGAUAACUGAUAACACAGUGCAAUUCAGAUGAAAUAUAGUACAGAUUCCGACAA